AGAGAGAGAGAGAUGCUCUCGGUUGUUGAGUCCAGUGUGGCUAUCCUACACUGCUGCUGUCGGUAACGGAGCGGCCACGCACACACCUACACACGCUCCUCUCGCUCUCUAUCACUGCCACACACGCACACACUGGAGCGCAGGACCGGCUGCCAAGAAGGGAGGAGAGAGGCAGAGGGAGACAGAGACAGGCGACACAUGUCAGAUCGGAUCGAGCAGGGGAAUGUACCGGAUUCCGCUGCACACACACCCGUGUUGUCCCGCACUGAGGGCUGCGCUGCGUUAACGGGACGCGACAUUGGACUGAGCCAGGGGUGGGAGGAGGACCGGACAGGGACAGUGUAAAAGGAGUCACCUGGCUGCGGACGGAGAAGGAGAAGGAACGCAGGGAGGGAGGAGGGAGGGAGGGUUUGAGGGAGGUGUGCCCGUCUGACAGCGCUGUUUGGGGUUAACACCGCUUGCGCGCAACGGAGAGUCACCGCAAAGUUUCCUCAAUGGCGCUGGUGAUGGAACCGGUGAGCAAAUGGAGCACGAGCCAGGUGGUGGACUGGAUGAAAGGUUUGGAUGACUGCUUGCAGCAGUAUGUGUGUGUGUUUGAGCGCGGAGGUAUGUGCGGGGAGAGGCUGCUGCGGAUCAGCCACGCCGAGCUCGAGGAACUGGGAGUUUCUCGCAUCGGGCACCAGGAGCUCAUUCUGGAGGCUGUCGACUUGCUCUGUGCUCUGAAUUCAGGUCUGGAGACAGAGAGUGUCAGGACUCUGGCUCACAAACUUGGAGCCUCAGCCAAGAACCUCCAGAACUUUAUUUCUAGUCGCCGUCGAAGCAGCCAAUCAGAGAGCAGAACCUCGCGGCGGCUGCCUAAUGAUCUGCUGACCUCUGUGGUUGACCUCAUCACUGCGGCCAAGAGCCUACUCGCCUGGUUGGACAGGUCUCCCCUUGCUGCAGUGGCAGACUACUCUGUAACCCGAAAUAAUGUCAUUCAGCUCUGCCUGGAGCUCACCACUAUUGUACAGCAGGACUGUACGGUGUUUGAGACGGAGAACAAAAUCCUUCAUGUGUGUAAGACUCUGUCAGAGGUGUGUGAGCACAUUGUGUGUGUGUCUUCAGACCCGCUGAUUUCUCAGUCAGCCCACCUCGAGCUGGUUCACCUCACCAACAUCAAACCAUCUGAAGGCCUGGGAAUGUACAUCAAGUCAACCUACGAUGGCCUCCAUGUGAUCACAGGAACUACUGAAGGGUCUCCAGCAGACCGCUGUAAGAAGAUCCAUGCAGGAGAUGAAGUCAUUCAAGUCAAUCACCAGACUGUGGUGGGCUGGCAGUUACGUAACCUGGUUGGUUCACUGAGGGCUGAUAAAGGCGUCGUGUCCCUGACCCUGAAGAAGCGUCCACAGAGCACGCUCAGCUCUGCCCCUGCGCUGCUGAAGAACAUGCGCUGGAAACCUCUGGCUUUGCAGCCAACCAGAAGCCCAGGCAGCAGUUCAGCCACACCCUCAGGCACACCCACUAAGAGCUCCGCCCUCCAGGACCUUUACAUUCCCCCUCCACCUGCUGAGCCAUACACACCCAGAGAUGAGACCGGAGCCUUGUCUGGAGAUGAGGCAUCUCGUAACCAUGGUGGCGCCAGCGUUUCUAAACGCUCUGAGUCACCAAACUCCUUCCUGGAUCAAGAGUCUCGCCGGCGAGAAGAGGAGGAGCCUGUGUACUGCACCACGCCGACAUAUGGCAGGCUGAGGCCCAUCUCCAUGCCUGUGGAUUGUAACUGGGUGGGCGACUAUGAGGACCCAUCCAAGCUUAACAGAGAAAGUCGCAGAGAAGCAUCAUUGAUGCGUUAUGUGGGACUGCCUGGUGGCGAUGAGAGGAAAAGUUCGGACGACUACUCCUCCCACACAGCUCGUCCAGGUAAACGGUCCAGUGACACAGCCAAACGUGCCAAGAGGCGAAGCCACCACAGCCAAAGCCCCUCUCAUUAUGUCCUCCAGACAAACCAGAGGGAGUCUCCACCCAAAGAGCCCGCCUCCACUUAUCAUACAUACCAGCAUUCCUCCCCUCUGCAGUCAAAGAACAGGAAGAAGAAUAAAGGACGAGCCUUGGCCUCCUUGAGUAGGAGGCGUGUUUCCUGCAAGGCGCUGGGCAGAGGAGACUGCGAGGGCUGGUUGUGGAGAAAGAGAGAUGCAAAGAGUUAUUUUUCUCAGAAGUGGAAGAAGUACUGGUUUGUUCUGAAGGACAACUGUCUGUACUGGUACAUCAACGAGGAGGAUGAGAAGGCUGAAGGUUUUGUCAGUCUCCCUGAAUUUAAGAUCGACCGGGCCAGUGAAUGUCGCAAGAAGUAUGCUUUCAAAGCCUGUCACCCCAAAGUCAAGAGUUUCUACUUCGCAGCAGACGGAGUGGACGACAUGAACAGAUGGCUGAGUCGUCUCAAUAUGGCCGCUGUGGGCUAUGCUGAGCGAGAGAGGAUCCGCCAGGAGCAGGAUUAUUGGAGUGAGAGUGAACAUGAGGAUGACGCCACCGCCAGCCCCAAACAGGACAGUCCCCCACCUCCAUAUGAUACCUACCCACGGCCUCCAUCAAUGAGUGCCUACUUGGAGGGCCGAACCACUCGGCUGUCUUCCACGGAGACGUCUCGUUCUCGCUCUUCCCAGGAGGACUUCCUGUGUGGUGAUCCCCCAGCAGUGGCCGCAGAGCCACAGUACCAACCUGGUCCUCUAUUGGGAGGCACCACACACAGCGGGAGAAAGCCGGGGGGCAGCAGCAGCAGCGAUGUGCAGUACAGAUGUGACGCAGUUGAGUAUCGCUCCAGUCCUGCAGGUGGCAGCAGUGAAACAGGCUCCCCAGGUCGCUCAUCCUCAUCUCAGAGACGUUCUUGGCAGGACCUGAUUGAGACACCAUUGACUGAGGCUGGCCUGCACUACCUACAAACUGGACCACUAGAGGACGCCGUUUUCGCAGAGCCUGGUCUGGGAGGUGGGGCUAUGAUGGCUGGAGCCGUUUACACUCUUCCUGCACAGAGGAAUGUCCCGUUGCCCAUGGCGAUGCAGAGGCUGAUUCCUAUGGCAACCCAGGGAGGGAAACCCCGCAGCUUCACACUGCCACGAGACAGCAACCUACACACACUACUCGCGCCCCCUGCGAGAGAAGAACAUCAAGCACAUGGUGGUGGGAGUGAAGGAUGUCCCGCCCCUGGACGCAGAGCUCCCAUCGGGAUGUUCAAAUUAGCCUGGUGGACAGUGAGAGAAGCAAAUGAGAUCCUUCCAACACUUAAACAGAUAAAGUUUCCUGUCUCUCUGUUUCUGAAUGUGUGUGUGUUUGUGUUUACUCCUGCUUUCCUCAAAACCUCUUAUUUUGGUUAUGACCACUUUUUCCUGGUUAUUUAUUAUGUCCCACGGAGAGACUUGUGUCUUUAUGAAAAUUGGGACCCAAACACUGGCUCACACACACAAAGCUCAGCCUGCUAACUUUUGUUUUAUUUCUGCCUGCCCUGACGUCCUAUCACUUGGAUGUGGUGUGUUUUGUACUGUACUGUAAUGUAUUGUAUAUAUACUGUAUGCGCACAUUGUAUAGUUGUACAGAGAGGCAGUAUGCAGUGCCCCUGAAGAUACUGGAUGUUGUUCUAUGGGAGAGUUUUAUUUUUUCCAGAGAUUAAGGUGCACUAUAAAAGCUGGAAGAAAAGCUCUGGGAGAAAUUUCCUCAUUCACAGCAUGUUUGCUAAUAUUUGUAGCACUGUAUUGUUGCUUUGGCUGGGAUUAAUUACUUGUCUUUGUGCUUAACAUGCUGUUAGUAUGGAAAGAUUACUGAACCCGGCCAGCCAGGCAAUGUGGGGUUUGGGGUCCCUGGGCCAGAGCUUCUGUUUGAAGCCAUUAUUAACAUUAUAUUUUGUUGAUCAAAUAACUACAGAGAGGCACACAAUGCCCUCAAAGAGACAUAAAAUGACCACAUAGAGACAGAAACUGCCACAAAAAAUGCAAAAUGGCUAGCAAAAAACAAAACAAAUAGAAAGGCAUACAAAACAAACAGAAAGAGAUACAAAACCAAACAAAAUGCCAAACAGCCACAGGGACGCAAGAGACACAACAUGUCCAGAAGUCUUUGUUUGCUUCAGUCACUUUACCUGCCUGAUCGUUUGACAGCUUGUGUUUCUUGUCAUGUUGCAACUACCUUUAGCAGUGUUUUCACAUUCUGAGAGCAAACCAAGUUGAAAGCCAGAGGUUUGAAAUAAGGCUCUAGUUGUAAUAAACUUUAGUCAUCAAUUACUUUAUGUUUAUUUCCUCAAGCACUUAAUAUAGCUAAGAUACUUGUGUAAUUCAUUAGGGCAGGCAUCAAAUGUACACACUUUUAGUCAGUGUAGCACUAGUGUGAUUAUUUUUUUAUUACAGUUUAUUUAUUGUGUUGGAAAGUUUAAAUAUCAUAAAUAAAAUGAAACGAAAUGAAAUAAAAGUUAAUGCAGACUUGGUUUGCAUGGAUUACACAGUUUAGUUUGCAAGAGCCUGACUAACAGAUACCAGGGAUGGAACAGUAGAAAAUACAGCACAUGUUCAUUAUUUAUAAAACACGGCUAUUUUCUAAAGUAUGUGUAAUUUAUGGUGCUCCAAACAACCUACACUCCAAAUAUCCUUCUCCCUAAUAAUGAACAAAGCCCAGUAGACUUUGCUUUGGGGUAUACGUACAUGCAGCCAGAGCAGCAUCACUGAGGAACAGGUGUUAGGUAAGUAAAAAGUAGAUCCAGACUGGAAACAUUUGGACACAAAAUGCUUCUAUUGUGCUGCACAUGCUGUUUGAAUCUGUUUAAUGGCUUGUUUUUCUUAAGCGGUAAAAAGAUCACAUGACUUUAAAUGGGGCUGAGAUGGAGCUACAACGUUUAAUCAAUACUGUGAAUGUUAUUGGAUGUGAACUAAUUGUUUAAGCUCGCUUCCUGGCUUAACUGGUUGGAAGUAUUAUGUGAACGUGAGGUGAGCAUUUAGAUUAGAAGGAAAACCUUGGAAAUAUGGUGGCAACGGGGUGUUUGGGAACAAAUGACUUUAAGUGACACUUUCAAGCAAAGACUAUAGUGACAUGAGAAGACGUAAACCUAGUGGCAAGAAAAUCUGGUUCCUGCUACAGGUGACAGAUUUUCAGCUCAAAUAACAGACUUCUUCUUGUCUCAUGGGUGAGUUGUGAAAUACCAACCACUGGCCAAAUAACAUUUAACAAACAACAAAACAUGUUACUGAUGGAUAAGAUUAUGGCAGCAAUGCUGCACUGUUCGAUGGCUGUUUUCAUUAUAGUUGUUUGGUAUCAGAGCCAUCAGCUUCUGUGGCCAGCAAAAGAAAGAAAGAAGUAUCGGCUUUUCUGUACCAGCCAUUUAUUAAGGGACCAUGUCUGUGCUAGGUUUAGCAUUAUAAUGACAAAUUAGGCAGCAUUUACUUUAUUUUCUACUAUUUACAACUGCUUUACAUAAGUUUUUAAAUUGAUUUCCUACCCCACUAUUUGCAAAUUGCAAAGACAUUUUUGGCUGGUUUUUGCUCACAGUGAAACUGUUAUGUAAACUCUUUAUUGAAGAAGGCUCCUAGAGAUCACCAGAUCUUAUUUCAGUCAUGCGCUAUGUUAGUUUUUUGUGGAUUUAAAAUGUUUAUGUUCACUAUCCAACUCAGAAACUUUACAGUUUUAGCACAGUCCUUGUUGCAGCUGCAUUACCAUGCAACAGCAAUAACCGAUUUUCAAACUGUAGUGAUUAAGUGGAAAUUGUGUGUCUGGAAAAUUUUAUCUAACAAUGAUGUGGUGGGUGUGCUUCAAUUAGUUUAACUAUAAAAUAGAUAACAUAUGUGUUAUUAAUGACAUACAACAUACAAAAUUACUGGCAUGGAAGUUUAUAGUUUUUUUUAAUCAUGUAAAUCUGUACUGCUGUUCAUAUUUGUAAUUAACUGAAAGUGAUGAUGGAGUAUUGACCUAAGAACCUCAUGUUUGUACUGUGCUGGUAUUAAACCCCUUUUGUCCUGAUGCCUAUCCCAUGGUUAGACAUGAAAAUAAGCACAACGAGAAGAGAGAUGAUGGAAGAAACCCUCUCUGACAUGGAGCCAUUACAACAGAAACACUGACAGCGCUGCUUCCCCUCGCCUUGCUACAACUCUGCACUAUAAAGCCUUGAUACUGUACGCACAGUCUGAACUCUGUAUUUGCCUUU